UUCUUUCUCUCUCUCUCUCUGCUUCUCUUCUUCCUUCCUUUUUCCUUCUAUUUUUUUUUCUCUCUGCCUCAUCGCUGAGACCCAUCUCGUUCAACAGUCUCGUUCAAUAGCCUCUCUCUCACCAAAAAGUAAGGCUUGAGAUUGUGGCUUCCUCUGCGUCAUCUUCAGCAUUCUCAGCCCUCUCUUCUCUGUUCCAAGCACUCACAGAGUCAGAGCUAAAACUGUUUUGAAGGCCAUUGAUGGAUGUAGUUUUCAGUGUAAAAUAUUUUAUUUCGAAACAAAUGAAGCGUAAAUAAAUACUACAGUACUAUUUAUUCCAUCUGCCCAGAUUUGCUCUCCAAGCUUGUUCUCCGCCCAUCACCAGAUUUUGCCGUCAACUCAACCCUAAAAGAGAGCCAAGGACCUGAACUGAAGCAUGCGAAUCUGCAAGGCACGACGGCAAAGCUUUACGAUCCCAAAUGACCUCGUCGAGGACAUACUUUCAAGACUACCUGUGAAGUCUCUUAUGCGAUUCAAGUGCGUAUCCAAAGCAUGGCACACUUUGAUUAGUAGUUGCCGAUUCGCUAAAUCCCAUUUUCAGAGAGCAUCUCAAAACCCCAGCUGCAUGAACGUCAUUGUUUUUACUGACAAUUGUGUUUUAUCGUUAGGUUAUGAAGCACUAUUUCAAACCUGUGUUCAUGGUCAACCAGUUGAUGUUGAUUUUCAAGGUUUUCCAUUGUGGGGUGAAGAAUAUGUUGAGACAAACUUGGCUUCUUGCAAUGGCUUGGUAUGUAUUGAAUUAUAUAACAGGCGCAAACGUACAUCUGAAUAUUUGGUUUGGAACCCAUCUACCAAAAGUUACAAAAACAUACCAAGACCAACAUCAACACCUGAUUCAAUGUCUUGUUGGUUUUACCGUUUUGGUUUUGGCUAUGAUUAUUCCACUGAUGAUCAUAAGAUAGUAAGGCCUUUCCAGAUUUUCCCUUUUGAUAUGAAAAGGAUUGAGAUCUUUUCACUCAAGACCUUUACUUGGAAGACAAUUCUGGUGGAUGUGGACAAUAUUUAUAACUGCAGUCUUCCAUUGAUCCCAAAGACUACCUACUGCAACGGGGCAAUUUAUUGGAGUGCUAGGAAAUAUGGGAAGCCGUCAAUCGUUUAUUUUGACUUAGCAGAGGAGAUAUUUCAUGAGCUGCCAUGGCCAGAAUCUGUUUUGUAUUGCAUAAGAGACAGAUCAUCAGGAAAAUGUUUCUAUACAACAGGUUUAUGGGAGUUGGGGACUUUUGGAGAACACCUGUGUCUAUCUGUGUGCACUGGCGAAUCCCGCAAAAACUUGUGUAUUCAGCUAUGGGUGAUGAAGGAAUCUUGGACUAGAUUGGCGACCAUUCCAUAUUUGGGCACUUGUUUGAGGCCUAUGUGCGUGUCAAAGAAUGGUGAAAAGGUUUUAAUGCGGGAGACUCAAGUUAAAUAUGUUGGAAUAACCGGAGAAUGGUAUUACAAAUUGGUAGAAUGGAAUUUGACAGAUCAUACCUGUACAAGUAUAUUAUGUGAUCCCAAUCCAAGAAUGGAAGCAGCUACAUAUGUGGAAAGCCUUUAUCUGCAAUGAUCGGCUUGAUGUGGGCGGCUAUAAGAGCUAGAAAACUGAUCAGAUUUCGAGGAAUAACAAGUUUAGGGGCUUUUGCUAAUUGUUGUCCAAAUAAGGUUAGUUUAAGAAUUUUGGAACAAGAUCAAACUCCUUGUAUUUUGCACUUUCAUUGCUUAGUAUUUUAUGCACCUGAUGUUUUGGAGUUAUGUUUUCAUACUUUACAAAUUUUUGGCAUUUGAAUUAAUAAGGUUAGUUUUGAAUUUUUUUACGUAAUAUUUCUUUGAGGAUAGUCACCAUUCUGUAGGAAGGCGUUGCAAACUUGUAAGAUGAAAAUUUUAUAAGGACGUGACCGUUGUUGUUUGCCUAUUAUCUCAUUAUCUGUUGUGUAGAAGGCAUCACAGAACGUAGAUCUAUUUCUCGACCAGAUUGAUCUACCCUUUGUCAAAGGGCCUUUGAUAUCUACAAUGGUGUAAAACCUUCAUUUCCCAAUGAAGCAAGAUACAUCACGGGGCAUUGGCCUUAAACUUUGUAAUUUAUAGUUUCUAACUUAUAAUUCAUGUAUAAUUUGUUGCUAUGUGUGAAGUUAAAAUGGCACAUUGCCGUUAUCCUCU